UGCAGGGACUCAAAGACCCUGGGUGUGCAGCCGCUUCAGAGUCAGCCCUGAGUGCCGAGGUUGCUGUGCUGCCUGCUCGGGCCCCCUGGCUGCGCCUCUGCACCCCACUGCCCAGUGCUCUGUUCCUGGAGGAAGCAAGAGUCGACCAAGUCCACUGACCCACCACUGGAAGCAUGGUCCAUGGGUACAAAGGGGUCAAGUUCCAAAACUGGGCCAAGACCUAUGGCUGUUGCCCAGAGAUGUACUAUCAGCCCACAUCCGUGGAGGAGAUCAAAGAGGUGCUGGCCCUGGCCAGGCAGCAGAACAAGCGGGUGAAGGUGGUGGGCGGCGGCCACUCGCCCUCGGACAUCGCCUGCACCGAUGGCUUCAUGAUCCACAUGGGGAAGAUGAACCGGGUCCUCCAGGUGGACACAGAGAAGAAGCAGGUGACGGUGGAGGCCGGCAUCCUCCUGGCCGACCUGCACCCACAGCUGGACAAGCACGGCCUGGCCCUAUCCAACCUGGGAGCCGUGUCAGAAGUGACUGCAGCUGGCGUCAUUGGGUCUGGAACGCACAACACGGGGAUCAAGCACGGCAUCCUGGCCACCCAGGUGGUGGCGCUGACCCUGCUGACGGCCGACGGGACCAUUCUUGAGUGCUCCGAGUCAAGCAACGCAGAGGUGUUCCAGGCGGCGCGGGUGCACCUGGGCUGCCUUGGAGUCAUCCUCACCAUCACCCUGCAGUGUGUGCCCCAGUUCCACUUGCAGGAGACCUCCUUCCCCUCAACCCUGAAAGAGGUUCUUGACAACCUGGACAGCCAUCUGAAGAAAUCCGAAUACUUUCGCUUCCUCUGGUUCCCGCAUAGUGAGAAUGUCAGCAUCAUCUACCAGGACCACACCAACAAGCCCCCCUCCUCUUCAGCCAGCUGGUUUUGGGACUAUGCCAUCGGAUUCUAUUUACUGGAGUUCCUGCUCUGGAUCAGCACCUUCCUGCCGGGCCUCGUGGGCUGCAUCAACCGCUUCUUCUUCUGGCUCCUGUUCACCGGGAGGAAGGAGAACAGCAACCUGAGCCACAGGAUCUUCAGCUACGAGUGCCGCUUCAAGCAGCACGUCCAGGACUGGGCCAUCCCCAGAGAGAAGACCAAGGAGGCCCUGCUGGAGCUGAAGGCCAUGCUGGAGGCCAACCCCAAGGUGGUGGCCCACUAUCCGGUGGAGGUGCGCUUCGCCCGGGGGGACGACAUCCUGCUGAGCCCCUGCUUCCAGAGGGACAGCUGCUACAUGAACAUCAUCAUGUACAGGCCCUACGGCAAGGACGUGCCGCGGCUGGACUACUGGCUGGCCUACGAGACCAUCAUGAAGAAGGUCGGGGGCAGGCCCCACUGGGCCAAGGCCCACAACUGUACCCGGAAGGACUUUGAGAAAAUGUAUCCUGCCUUUGCGAAGUUCUGUGCCAUCCGAGAAAAGCUGGACCCCACUGGGAUGUUCCUGAAUGCGUAUCUGGAGAAGGUGUUCUACUGAAGCAGAAACAGAAAAUAAGUCCAACCCGCCCCAUCCCGUCCCCCAGGCCCGUCUCCAGUGAGCUUGCAGGCUCAGUGUCCCACCGGCCUGACGGGGAGAGACCUCUCCCCGACCCCGGGCCCUCUGCUGCCACACUGCAGCUGCUCCGACCCACGGGGAUGAGCCUGGAUCUGGGCAAGCUCCUUCCCCCCUCCUUUGUCCUCACAGCAAACCAUGCAAGGAAGAGUGCCCACAUCCCUGUGUACCUCUCCAUGUGGCACCCCCUUUUCCUGAGCCUACGAUCACCACAUCCUGUUUUCCCAGGAGAUAGAGAAGCCCCAAAAUGUUGUGUGUGUCUAGGAGGUUGGGAAUUCAGUCGUUCGUAGGUUCCACCUGCCAGCUGGAUGUCUGUGGCUCCAGAGGUCCCCUCUCCAGUCCUCUUAGGCAGGGGCCCCCUUGGCAUGUGUUUGGGCACAGAAGUCGUGUGUACUGUGCUCUCCUUUCUUUCACUCUUGUGGGUCUUUCAAAUGCUCAGGUGAGUGGCCCCUGCCCUGGGACUGCCAUCUUCCAGGUGGUUCCCCCUGUCUGUCUGACCUCCCAUAGCCUGACCCUAGGCGUGUCUAUUUCAGGGGGUGUUUGAGGAGUGGGACUCUCCCUGUCUUCUCUUUAAUAAACGGCAAGAACUGA